AUGGGAUUUUCUAAAAGUUAUUCUUUUAUAUUUGCAGGACUUUUAUUGGUAGCUAUUACUGUAGUUCUUAUUGCUGGUAAUAAUAGUAAAAUUGAUUUAGAAGAAGACUCUAUUACUAGGCUCAAAGAUAUUUAUUUUUUUUCAAAAGUAUCAUACUGUGAUGCUUAAUAAAUAAAUUCCUGGAGUUGUGGAAUAGCUUGUAUGAGACAUCAAAACAUGGCAAUAUCAUAAACUGUAACUACAGAACUUUAGGGUCAAGGAUACUGUGGUUUUGUCAAAGAUAGUUAGAAUAUUGUUAUUUCUUUUAGAGGAAGUGACAAUUUAAGAAAUUGGAUGAGUAACCUUAAUUGUAGAAAAUUUAACUAUUAGAAGUGUGACAAAUGUAAUGUACACGAAGGUAUCUAUAAUAUUUAUAGUAGUUUCUAAAAUAAGUUGACUGAGUGUGCAUUAAAUUUAAUAAAAUAAUAUCCUCAAGCUUCAAUUAUAAUCACUGGACAUUCUCUUGGUGGUGCUUUGGCUACUCUAUAAGCUGUUGAUAUAAAGACUUAAUAUCCAGACUAUUCAAUUGAGUUAGUGACUUUUGGUUCACCUAGAGUUGGAAAUUAAAAAUUUUCUGAUUAUGCUAAUAAUUUACUCAAAAAUAACUCUGUAAGAAUAACUAACAAAAAAGACGUUAUACCUCAUCUUCCAUUUAAAUUCUUUGAUUUUUACCACACAGGUUAGGAAAUGUGGAUUGUAGAUGAAAUAUCAUUUAAAACUGAUUGCAAACAAGGGGAAGAUUAAAAUUGCUCUGCUUCUGUUAAACCAAACUUAAGUAUAAAUGAUCACUUAUACUAUUUUGGUGUUUACUCUGGUUGCACUUUAGUUCGUGGAGAAAGUACCUAAGAAGAUGUUCAUAGUAUAUUAGAUUAUUUGAAGAGUUCCUGCCCUGUUCACUGA